AUGAUCAAAAUUGAAAGCCAUUACAUGGGCUGCAUUCAAUUUAAGCAGCAAUGUCAUUGUCAACAUGCCGACUUCGAGAAAACGACUAAAAUUGCUUACUUCAAUUCAGGUCCUAGAAGAAAUAAAAUAAAACUAAAAGCUAAGGCGAAAAAUAGAAGAAAUCCACGAAAAUAUAUUGGGGUAGAACACGAUUUAGAAGGGCAUUCGCUGAAAGGUUUGCUGUGGGAAGACGAGGAAGGUGACUUUAAAAACUUCACGCGCUUGGACAUAACUAAGUUCGAAGAACUAUUAAGUUUCUGCCCAUGUCUGCAUUAUAGAACCAAAACUCAAGAGGAAGAGGAUGGGACGGAGCGAGGGGCGGAAUUAGCCAUACUCGAGCUAUGGGAAGACCGAGUGGGGGAGCCCCGUGGGCUGCGGAGGAAUGCGCUCGUCUACGCGGAGAUGGCAGCGGAUCUCGCAGAGCUUGGGUACACCCACAAUGCCAGGGAUGUGCAAGUUAAAUUGCAAAAUUUUUCGCAGCGCUACAGAAAGGAAAAGGCAGAAAUGGGUCCUUCCGGUGGGUCGCCUUCUACAUGGGUGCACUAUGAGAGGGUGCACCAAAUAAUUGGAGGGUUCAAGUCAAAUCUGCACACGGAGCUCACGCUUGAAAGCAUUGAUGACUCAUCAAAAGCAUCGUCAUCCAUUGCACCUGUACCGUCCCCAGGAACACCGUUGCCAUCACCCUCGUCGCCACUGCCCUCACCAGUACCUUCAACAUCAGCGUCGGCUGGAAAAGCAAGAAAAUUUAAUUUUCAAUAAAAAUUAUUAGAGAAGUUUGACAAUUUAUCGUCGGACAUUGCCGAACAUCUGAAGAGAAUGAAAAGGAAUUAAUAGAUAUUGAAAGAAAGAAAGCAAAGGUUCAAGAAAGAACCGCAAAAGAUAAUUAAGAAGUAAAACGAGCCUUAAU